AUGAUGGCCCAAAAAGAGAAUGGAGAUGGUGAAUUUGAGGAAAAUAUAGAAGAAAAAACUGUUAAUGAAGAAUAUAAAAUUUGGAAAAAGAAUGCACCGUUUCUCUAUAAUCUUGUUAUAGCUCAUGCACUUGAAUGGCCUAGUCUAACAGUGCAAUGGUUACCAUAUAUUCGAAAGGAUGACGACCGAGAUUUUAAUACACAUCGUUUAAUACUUGGUACGCAUACAGCUGAUGAACAAAAUCAUCUUGUUGUUGCUAGUGUUCAACUGCCAAGAGAAGAUCUUGAAUUAGAUGCUUCGCAUUAUGAAGGCGAUAAAGCUGAAUUAGGUGGAUUCAGUUUGAUCAAUGGUCGCAUCGAAGUAGAAGUAAAAAUAAAUCACGAAGGAGAAGUAAACCGUGCUCGUUAUAUGCCACAAAAUCCUCAAAUAAUUGCAACAAAAACACCAUUAUCCGAUGUAUUAAUAUUUAAUAUUGAUACGCAUCCAUUAGGCAAAGAGCAAGCAGGUGAUUGCAAUCCAGAAUUACGUUUAAAAGGUCAUACAAGAGAAGGCUAUGGUUUAUCAUGGAAUUCAAAUUCUAAUGGAUAUUUACUUAGUUCAGCUGAUGAUCAUACUGUUUGUUUAUGGAAUAUAAAUAUGCAACCAAAACAAGGACGAAAUUUAGAUGCAUUAUCAAUUUACACUGGACAUACGAUGGUUGUGGAAGAUGUUGCAUGGCAUUCCAAGCAUCCAACAAUAUUUGGCUCUGUAGGUGACGAUCGAAAAAUGUUGAUUUGGGAUACAAGAUCGAAUAAUUAUGCACAAGCAAGUCAUGUUAUUGAUGCGCAUACGGCUGAAGUUAAUUGUAUAUCGUUUAAUCCAUUCUCAGAAUAUAUUCUGUUAACUGGCUCAGCUGAUAAGACGCUGGCUUUGUGGGAUUUAAGAAAUUUAAAAGUUAAAAUAGCAACAUUUGAAUCUCAUAAAGAUGAAAUUUUUCAAGUGCAAUGGUCUCCACAAAAUGAAACUAUUUUUGCAUCGAGUGGUUCAGAUCGACGAAUUCAUAUAUGGGAUUUAAGUCGAAUGAAUCGAAAGCAAUCAUCAACAGAGACAGAAGAUGGCCCACCGGAACUUUUAUUUAUUCAUGGUGGACAUUCAGCGAAAAUUUCUGAUUUCUCAUGGAAUCCAAAUGAACCAUUUACUAUCUGUUCUGUAUCUGAAGAUAAUAUGGCUCAAAUUUGGCAAAUAGCUGAACAUGUUUAUAAUGAUGAUAUUACUAUGGACGAUGUAUGUCGUGAUAGAGGAGAAGUGCCACCGAAAUCAAUCGUAAAUGCUUCAUCCAAUGAAUCUUGA